AUGGUAGUGAACGGACCACAAAAAGUGCCCCCGAUUCCAACAGUCGAUCGAUAUUUCAUCGGCUCGAUUCUUCUCCUGAUUCACGUCUUCAGCAUUUCCUUCAACGUCUGCCUCCUCGUCGCCGUCCGACGCUUUUCUAGACGACGUUUUCAGUUUUUCCAAUGAUUUUUGAGUAUUUUUGAAGUUUAGACACGUUCCCGACAGUGUACAUCUACCUGAUGAUCGUGUCCGAUCUUCUGGGCAACUUUUUCGGGGGCUUUCAGUUCUGUUUCCCGUAUUUCUUGUCUGAUGAACGGGCUGAAGGUGAGGUUUUUGGGCCUUAUUUAUAGGUUCUCUUGAGUUUUGAGACAAGCUUGGUAAUUUGACAAAAAAAAAUCAAUUGAUAUUGAAAAUUUCGAAAGUCUCUCAGCUUUUUUGAUAGGAAAUAUGCUUAGGGGGCGCAAAGCCCCGCCCCUUCACGCCACCAAAAUGACGAUUUUUUUGUUGCAAAAACGGUUUUGAGGCGUUUAUACUAGCUAAAGUCUCACUUUAAAAAUCAACUGUUUCUGAAAACCUAUGUAAUCGACAACGCUCUACAAGACUGAAUAUUUUUUUAAAUUUAUGUAUUUUUUUCGAAAAAUAAGCGAAAAAAAGUAAGAUUUAACACGAAAAAAACUGACAAGUUUCACAAAAUCGUCGCGUUUCAGAAAAACCAAGUGAGGAACGCUUCUAAAUUUUUAGUAUGUUAUACAUUAACACUUUCUUUAUUUUUUUGAGUGAAAAUGAAAAAAAUCUACCGACGCGAAAAAUAUUAAAAGCUUGUAAAGUGACACCAAACUUUGAAGCUAAAAUGCGGAAAAAUUUUCAGCGACAUGGUAUACUUUUUUUAUUUGAUUUAAAAACUAACAGUGUGUCCAAGAAUGAAAAAUUCAAAAUGAAAAAUAAUUAUUGGGACAGCGAAUCAAAUUAUAUUUGAGUUUUUACCAAAAACCUCCUUUUUUUCGUCUGCCUCGUUGACGCAUGAGAGAAUAGGAUCGCGUCUAUAUUUUUUUGAUUAUGUUAUUAAGCUGUUCAAAAACUCUAUCAAUGAAAAAAAUUAUGAAAAAAAUCGAUCGACGCGAAAAAAAUAACGGCUUUGAAAAACCUCGAAAAAAAUGGCAAUUUUUUUUGAAAUUUCGGAAGAUUUCGUGCAAGCGAUCCGUAGCAGUGUUUGCGUCAAACACACCGAUGCGCCCUUUUUAAAUGUCGCAGGAGCCGUUUUUUUCGGAGUCAAAUUGUACUUUUUUUCUGUUUUAUUUCGAAAUAACAUUAUUUUUUUCAUUUUUUUCUUUUUUUCCAAAUCGAAUGAUAAUAAUUUUUCUGAGUAGAAAAAAGAAAAAUAAGCUGAAAAAUCCCUUUGACCUUUUUUUCUAGGUAGUUUUUUUGAUAUUUUAUCAAAAAAAUUCUUAUGAGGAUUGUACAAAAGAUUCAUACCAAAACAUGAGGCUCAGUCCGGACAACCUCUCAGAUCAGAAAACCGAUUUAAAAACGGUCCAGAAACGCGCAAAAACAUUUAAAAAGAAAGCGUGCGGCAGCGGGUAAACCGUGAGAUUUUGCCUCCAGUUGUACGCCGCGCGCGCUCGUUUUUUGGCCAUAACUUUUUUCUUAGUGAACCUUUUUUCAAAAACUAAACGGAUUAUGAAAAUGGACAGUCUCCUCUAUCGAACAAUGUAAAAAACAUAUUUUUUGAAUCGUUCUGAAGAAAUGGCUUGCGGACCCUAAAUAUGCUUCAUAAAUAUUGAAAACUCCGAAUUUUUCCGCUUUUCGAAGCCCAAUCAGCGGCUUGGAAUGGCAAGGCAAGUGAGGGCAGUUGAUAUAUAGCACCCGACCUUAAACUACUUACGCCAGGUGGUAUCUAGAAGCACUAGAUCAACGUUAAGAGUGUCCAAUGUUUUUCAAUGCAUAAGCGAUCCUUAUUAUAUCCAUUCCAAACGCGGCUGCUUUUUAAAUUAAGGCUAAUGAAUCAUAAUACUAGCUAUUUUAAAAAUAAAGGUUCAAAAUGAAAAUUGGAAAGUCGAUGAUGAAAUUUCAAAUUUGAAAUGUGAGCUUAUAAGAUGCGUCAAAAAAAUAUUGAAACAUGCCAUAAAGAUGCGUCAUAAAUAUUGAAACAUGCCCUUUUCUUUUUCCUUUUUUUCAAAGUUUUUUUCAAUUUUAAGCAUAUUAUUUGUUUUUUCAAAUGAACCUUCCAUGAAAAAAGGCUUCUUUCAUGAUUUUUUUUUUCAGCCUACGUCAAGCAUUUCGGACUGUACGUCUACAUUUUAACGGCGAUUCCGUAUUGCCAUCGAUUUUUCAUAAUUCCACUGAUGACUUUCAAUCGUGUGGUUAUGACCUUAAACCCACAACUGUCCGACUUAUUCUCGAGGAGAAAAUUGUGGAUUUAUAACGCUUUUUUGGGGGUCAGGGAACAAAAAAUCUAUUUUUAGAUGGUUCUUUGUUCAGAUUUUCUCGAUUUCGUAUCCAGUGAUACCUUAUCUUUCCAGCUGUCCUAUAUAUUUCGAUCAUCGCCAACAUAAAUUUCGUUUUCUAUGUGAAUUCCCGUGGAUUGUGAGCUUGGAACUGAUCAAAAAUGAAAUAAAAAACAGAAAUCCCCAGAAAAUGUGAAAAAUUUCACAUUUUCUGAGGGAUCGCUUUUGCCAAAAGAUUUAUCACACGAAAUGCCUUUUUUUCAGGAAAAUUCGUCGCGUAGAGUCCUAAAAAAUUUUUUGAAGGAAAAAACCCCAUGACGGUUCCCUCAAAAACGCAUUCCGAGUAUUCUGAAUUGAAAAAAAUCAAUUGGCUUCGGCACAAAAAUUUAUAACUCAAAAAGUCAUUUUAGACAACAUAUGUUUUGUGAAACGUCGAUUUUGAAAAAAAGCUCUGGGCGUUUAUCUCAAGAAAGUCAUACUGAGCAUUUUAAAAACAAAAACAUGAACCAAGUAUCUUCUGCAAAAAUGUUACUCAUCAAAAUGUCAUUUUUGUCGAAAUUUCAGGGACCAUCUCGCUCAAAAAUUAACUCAAGUACCUCUCAAACGCAUCCAAUACGGUUAUAUUACACGACAGAAAGUGAAUCUAUUCAAAAAAUCUAAAAAAUAAGCGAGAAAAAAAGAGAAAAAAAGUAUAUUUAAAUUGAAUGAAAUUUUUGAGAGACUGACACGCGCCGCACCGCGAUGCGUUAGAAGGAAUUCGCGUUUUCGCUCCAUUGAGACGACCAUUGUUUUCGCCUGCGCUCGCCCGUUUUGAAACACUGUGUCUAAUGUGAAUUUUUCACAGAAAAAAUAUCGUUUUUCGUUCGCAGUAUACACAAUAUCCUCUCUAACCCUGUCCUUGGCGGUCACAUUUCUGCUCGUUAUUCAUUUGAAAUUUCGCAGAACUAAAUUCUACGCCGUCCUUCUUGCACUAACCGGAAAAAGUGCUACUCAGAACAUUUUUCAAUCAAUUUAUCUUCAAUUUCAGGAGGCCAGUUUAAAAAGCGUCGAAAUAGACGGUCGGAAAAAGUUGAAAACGGCUUACUAAUUCAAACGCUCGUCAUUUUGGUCAUGACUUUCGAGUUUGAAGCCACAUUUUUCUUUGUCACCGCUUUAGAGGUAUUUUCACAGCUUUUUCAAAAAUUAUCUGUUCCCAGAAUGAAUUCAACACACUUUCGCCUUUAUUACAACACUUGAUUUUUGGUAUCCGCGCCUAUAUUCGUCAUCUUAUCAACUUUUUCGCUUAUUUUGUCUUCGCCGAUCUUAUGCGAAUAGAAAUCGUCCGUCUUUUUAAUCCAACGUACCGAAAGUUCAAAAUUGGUGUCGCCAGUGUACUUGUCUGAACGGAUUGUAUUAUAUUUGUACAUGAAACUUGUAAAUUAUGGAUUUUGAAACAAAUUGAAGAAAAAAUAAUGGAACGCGGAAAUGACGGUCCAACGCACAAUUGCGUCUCUUACUCGGACAUUGGUAACGCGAAACGGACGUGCUCCGGACAAUUCUGGACGAUUCUAGGGAUCCCUUAA